AUGGGGUGUUGCUAUAGCCUAUCCGCACCCAAUAUUUCACUACGAUUAACUGAAAACGACAAGAUUAUGGUUCGAACUGGUGAUACGAUUUCGGGUAUAAUCGAAUUUUUCAACAGUGAUCCUACGGAAUUGGCAUGUAAUAGUCUAAAGGCUGAAUUUGUUGGCUAUUGUAUUGUUUUUCUAACAAAUGAUGAAAGUUUUGGUACUACAAUAAAACCAUGCAAAUUACCUUUUUUCAGCAUAUCGCUCUUUCCGAACUCAACCGAUGAACAACAACAACAACAACAACUUACUUUUCCUCCUGGAAAAAACAGUUGGCCGUUUAGUUUCUCCCUUCCUGAAUUUCUGCCACCUUCAGCUACUCAACUCAAAUCUUAUUCUCAAUUCAUUGAAUACUCUAUUGAUUUUGAAAUCAUGUGUCCACGAUUGUGUCGACGUAACACUGAAAAAACUUUUGUCAUUCCAGCCCAGAAUUCUUUGCGAACAGUAGCUGAUAGACAAGUUCAAGAUCAAAAGGAGAAUCAAAGCGUUGUUAGUCUACGCGGUUAUCUCGAAAAUAAUGUUGUCGUCACCGGAACAACCUUUACAAUUCACUUUGAAAUCGACAAUCCGAAUGGAUCUACCAUCAAUGAAAUAUCAACUUAUUUAGUUCAGAAUCGACAGUUUGCUAAUUCUCCGAAGGAACAGUUUAUCAUAAGUGAGCAGAAAAUCAAGGACCCUCAACGACUUCAAAAGAAUCAAGUGAAAGACAAAAUCGAUUUUAUUGUGUCAACAACGCUUCCAGCUACGUGUUCAUAUCAUCCUCCUUCUUGGCUUCCAGCACAACAUAUUGAUAUAGAUUACUAUGUUCUUAUUCAACUUCAUAUGAACAGAUCAAUCGAGGAUAUUGUACUUGAGCUUCCAGUGAUUGUCAGUGCUGUAACUGAACCAACAAUUGAUAUUCCACCCAGUUAUGAAUCUAUUUUCUCAACUGCACAGGGAAUCUCUACUACUACUAGUAGUAGUAGUAGUAGUAGUAGCAGUAGUAGUAGCAGUAGUAGUAGCAGUAGUAGUAGUAGUUUGAAUGGCACUGAAGAAUAG